AUGUCUUCCACUGUUUCAACCAAAUAUCCCAACGGGGGAAUCCUCAUCGGCCUGCGUCGUCAUGGGGUUCCGUGUACGGUAUUUGAGCGCGAUGAGUCCGCGGAGGUGCGAAACCAGGGAUGGGGUGUUUCUAUCCACUCGACCCUGACUACGUGGGAAGCGCAUAUCCUGCCGGAGAUCUAUGACGGCGUUUGUGAGGCACAGGUGAAUCCUGCUAUCGGCCGUGAUGAAGUCCGCGGUGUACCGUGGAUUAACGGCGCCACUGGAAAGGUUGAGCAGUCUGUUCCGAAGAGCAAGAGACUUCGGCUGAGACGGGAUGGAAUCCGGAAGGCUCUUAUGGGGGGUCUGAAUAUCAAGUGGGGCAAACGUCUUGUCAACAUUGUGAAAGUCGAGGAUGGUGUCCGAGCUGAGUUUACAGACGGCUCAAAUGUUUUCGGGGAUGCUCUGGUGGGUGCAGAUGGCUCAACCUCGAUUGUUCGCAAGUUCCUCGCGCCCACAACCCACGAGCUGCAUCACCUUCCCAUCAAUGCUGUGGGCUGUGCCCUGACGAUGAGUGAGGAACAAGUCAAGUACUUUAAAGACCAUGUCGAUCCACUCUAUUUCAUGGGUACGCACCCAGAAACAGAUACCUUUGUCUUCUGGUCUUUGUUGGACACUUCUACAACUCCCGGGCAACCCUACCAUGCCCAAGUGUACUUCUCCUGGAUUGAAUCCGACGCCGAUGAGGAGCUGUUAAAGCAGCCCUUACUCGAUGUGUUCAAGCAGAAAGGCAGACCAUUCUUCCCUCGUAUGCGGGACAUGGUAGAGGCACUGCCUGAGGACACUGUCGUUACCAAGGUCAACCUGGUUGAUUGGCCCUCUGUUGAAUGGGACAACUGGAACGGUACCUGCACUUUGAUCGGCGAUGCAGCGCAUUGUAUGGUGAUCUACCGUGGCGAGGGAGUGAACCAUGCCAUUGUGGACGCCUGUCAACUUGCGGAUACUAUCAAGUCGGCUGCUGAUGGCCACAUGUCAAUUAGCGACGCCAUCAGAGCUUAUGAGAAGCAGAUGCGCCCGCGUGCUAAAGAGGCCGUGGAAACUAGCAGACAGGCUGGACACGAUGGACAUUCUUACGCUAAGGUUGACAAGGAAGGGAGUUUUGCCCUUCUAGGUGAGAAGCCAGUCUAA